GGUGCCGCUGGUUACAAUGAGGUGCCGGUGCCGCGGGGGCGCCGCUUUGUUCCCGGUUCAUCCUGAAGCUGCUGGAACUGAAUGAGAGCGGAGCCGCAGGGGUGACCGAGUUCCCCUCCGCUUUGUAACUCUCAUAGCUCCCUGUGGACACAUCAAGGCAGAGGCGCCGCUGGGUUUCUAUGGUGUUGCGGGAGUGUGGCUGAAGUUUGCUAUUGUCGCUUCUGGGGUCUUUUGGCUGUAAUUCCCACCCCGAGGACAGAGGAAGAAAGCUCGGGGAGGGGGUGAUGUGAGGAUUCCUGCCCCAAGACACUGAGGGGUGGCCCAGCCCGGGGCUAACGGAGUAAUUCCCACCCUCUCCAUGGAGUGAUUCCCCUCCACCAGCCGCUCUCUCUCUCUCUCUCUCUCUCUUUCUCAGCGGCUCCAAACCGCAGCUUCUGACCAUGGAGGUGACCAUCUCGGAACUGAUGGGGCAGUUUCUGGACAGCCCCCUGGUGACCUGGGUUAAAACUUUUGGACCAGUGGGAGGGAAGAGCAAUGACAAAGUCACCACAUACAUGGAUUUAGUGGAUGGAGUGUUCCUGCACAAAAUCAUGUUGCAAAUAGACCCAAGGCCAACUAAUCAAAGAGUCAACAAACACGUCAACAAUGAUGUCAACUUGCGUGUUCAGAACCUUACCAUAUUAGUCAGACACAUAAAGAAUUACUACCAGGAGUGUCUGCAGCAAUUGGUGGUAAUGAGUUUGCCAAAUGUGCUAACGAUUGCUAAAGAUCCCCUUUCAGGAAAGAGUAUGGAUGAAAUGAAGAAGGUGUUGUUACUGAUGCUGGGAUGUGCUGUACAGUGUGAACGGAAGGAAGAAUUCAUUGAAAGAAUCAAGCAACUUGACAUUACAACUCAGACAGCCAUUGUUACUCACAUCCAAGAGAUCACUCACAACCAGGAGAACGUGUUUGACCUUCAGUGGAUGGAACAGACUGAGAUGCCUGCAGAUGACCUGGAGGCUCUCUCUAGGUCAAUGGUCUUUCACCUGAAGAGACUUCUUGAGGACAGGGAUGAGUACUCGGAGGUAAUUGUGGAGCUCACCCAAGAGCGAGACUACCUGCAGACCCAGCAGCAGCUCCCGAGUCCCGUAAAAUCUUCGAGUCCUGAGUAUUCAGCUCGGCCCAAUGGGAAUCUGAGCAAAGAGGAGAAGCAGCAUCUGGCAGUGGAUCUGGCUGACACCAAGGCAAAGCUCCGAAGGAUAAGGCAGGAACUGGAAGAUAAAGCUGAGCAGCUUACUGACUCCAAACAUGAAUUAGAGCGGCUUGACAUUGAGGUGCAGAGAUUACGACAAGAGAACAUGCAGCUGACCACAGAGGCACGCUCUGUCAGAGCCUAUCGGGAUGAGCUGGACUCACUGAGAGAGAAAGCAGGCAGGGUGGACAGACUGGAGAAUGAUCUUAUACGAUGCAGGGAGAGGCUACAUGAUGUGGAUUUCUAUAAGGCCAGAAUGGAAGAACUCCGUGAAGACAAUAUAGUUUUAAUUGAGACCAAGUCCAUGUUGGAGGAACAGCUGAUCAUUGCACGGGCUCGAUGUGACAAGCUGCAUGACCUGGAAAAGGAGAACCUGCAGCUCAAAUCAAAACUACAGGACCAUGAAAUGGAUCGGGAGGCUGAUCGGAAACGCAUUGAGGAGCUUCUCGAGGAGAACAUGGUUCUGGAAAUAGAGAAGAAACAGAGUAUGAAUGAGUCCGCGCACCUGGGCUGGGAGCUGGAGCAGAUGUCAAAGAGCACCGACCUUAUGGAUGCUAGCCGCAAGUCAUUUGUGCUCGAGAUGAAUGAGUCUGCGUCGAGCCGGAUCCUGAAGUUGGAGAAGGAGAAUCAGAGUCUGCAACAUGAGGUUCAGGAGCUGCAGCAAGCUUUACUGGCCGUGGGGGAGAGCAAUGCCAGAAUCGUGGAGCUGGAGAAAGAGAGCGAGCUCCUCACCGUCCAGGUGCAGAAACUUCAAUCUGAACUCGAUCAGGAGAAGCAGAGUAACCAGGACAUGGGAAACCUGAGUGAGGAGCUCCUCCAAGACAAAACCCAACUCAGGGAAAGCUUGGAGACCCUCCGAGCUGAGAAAGAGCGACAGGUAAAAGGACUGGAGGAAGAGAAUGAACACUUAAAGCAGACGGUCUGUUCGCUCCGGGAACGUUCUCAGAUCAGCGCAGAUGCGAGAGUGAAAGACGUCGAGAAGGAGAACAAAAUACUUCAUGAGACGAUCACAGAAACGAGCAGCAGGCUGGCCAAAGUGGAGAUUGAAAAGAAGCAAGCCCACAAGGAGCUGCUGCACUAUAAAGAGAAGGAGCAAAAGGCUGAGGAGCUGGAGAAGGACGUUCACAAACUUGGGAAGGAGAAUGAGCAACUUCAGAAGCAGGUGGUCUCUUUGAGGUUCACGUGUGAGAAUGUGGAACAGGAGGUUUCAAACCUUGAGCUUGAGAACAGCAAACUCAAGAAGUCUCUCAAUAGUUUGCAAAACUUGUCGAUCAAGUUGGAGACAGUGGAAAAGGACAAUAAGCAAUUGGAUGAGGAGAACUUAGAACUAAGGAGGAUGGUGGAGACGUUGAAGUUCACGAGAACAAAACUGAUCAAAGUGGAAAUGGAGAAUCGAGAACUGGAAAAGGAGAAAGAUGACCUGAGGAAAACUGUGGAAGUGUUGAGGGCCUUGACUCGGAAAUCUGAGCGAUUGGAAAUGAGCUACCAAAGCCUGGAUUCAGAGAACCAGAGACUUCAGCAGGCGCUAGACAACAGCAAUACGAAGAUCCAGCAACUGGAGAGGGAGCUGCAGGACACUGAGAAUGAGAAUCAUGUUCUGCAGAAGAACUUGGAGGAGCUGAAGAUAUGCAGCAAAAGACUGGAGAAAUUGGAAAAGGACAAUAAGGUGUUAGAGCACGAGGCUGCACAACUCGAAAAGGACAAGAAGACUUUAGACAAAGAGAACAAACGGCUGUGGCAGCAGGUGGAGCUGAAAGAUGCAAUCCUUGAUGAGAAUAGUCAGAAACUGUCGAGCAUGGAGAAAGAAAAGAGAACACUAGAAAAGGAAGUGGGCAGGUACAUGGAGACCACAACCAAGGUGAAGGAACUGGAAGUGGACAAUAAGGAACUGUUCAAGCAAGCUACAAUUAAUAAGAGGACACUUGCAACACUGAGGGAGGAACUGGUCCAUGAGAAACUGAAGAGCCAACAGAUGUCAAAUGAAUUGGAAAAGCUUAACUAUGAAUUGGAGAAAAUUGGUCUAACAAAAGAGCGACUGCUGCAGGAGGAACACAACAGUGAUGAUAACAAGUACAAAAUCUUGGAGACCAAGAUAGAAUCAACACUGAAGAAAACACUAGAGAUUAAAGAGGAGAAGAUUCAGGCACUCGAAUCGAGACUGGUGGAGUCUAGCAACCUGAACCAGCAACUACGCACGGAACUGAGCACGGUGAAGUGGAAUUUCGAAGCACUACUGCAACGUCAGGAUGAGGAAGGACUGGCCAAUAACUCUGUCCCGAAGUGUCCACAGAGCCCCCACCCAGAAUUCACGGAGAAAGAGAAGUGGGAGAAGGAGAACAGGGAGACCACCUUGGAGCUGCUGAAAGUAAAGGACAACAUUAUUGAGGUGGAGAGGAACAACGCUGCAUUGCAGGCAGAGAAAGAGCUGCUGAAGGACCAGCUCAGGCAGCUUGAAGCACAGAACAACGCAGUCAACUCUCAGCUAGUGGCACUGCAGCGACAGACAGCCUCCCUGCAGGAACAUAGUACCACACUGCAGAUACAGAACGCCAAGCUACAGGUGGAGAAUUCGACUUUGAAUUCCCAGGGUGCAGCUCUGAUGGGUCAGAAUGCCACCCUGCAGAACCUGCAGUCCAGCCUGGAGAGCGAGAUUGAGAAACUGACUCGGCAGAAGGAGGAAAUGAAGGCCACCUAUGACUCUCUGCUGCAGGAUCAUGAGCGACUGAUGGGGCUGAAUGAGCGUCAGUCCACUGAGUGCGAGACACUGAUCAGUCAACAGGCUGGCCUGAAGGCAGCAUACAAGAACCUGGAGUCACAGCAUAAAGACCUGGAGCAAAGGUACAGGGGCCUGCUGAAACAGAAGAGGGAGAUGGAGGAGUUGGACUCCACACUGAGAGACCAGCACGAGAGCCUGCAGCGAGAGACCAAGAGGAGUGCAGCCAUUGCAGAGGAGAACAGACAGCUACACACUGACCUGAACAGGUUGAACUCAGUGAAUGCCCAGUUGAAGGAGGAAUAUGACGGUCUGCAGACACAUAUCAAGGAGUUCAAGAGUGCCCUGAACAACACUGAGCUGGAGCUGACAAGGUGGCAGUCGGAGUACCACGGCUUAAAGGAGCAGCACCAGAACCUGGACAUCUCUCAUACCAAACUGGACAAUCACUGUGAGCUGCUGACCCAGCUGAAGGGAAACCUGGAGGAGGAGAACCACUAUUUGCUGAGUCAAGUUCAAAUGCUGAAUCAGCAGAACCAAAACCUCCUCGAGCAGUCCAUGGAGAGCAAGGAACACUACCAUGAAGAGCAGAAGCAGUAUAUAGACAAGUUAAAUUCCCUUCGAAGGCAAAAGGAGAAACUGGAAGAGAAAAUAAUGGACCAGUAUAAAUUCUAUGAGCCAACCCCUAAAAGGAAGAGUAACUGGGUAGCUGCAAAGGCCCUUGUGAAGUUCAUGAAACCCAAGAAGGAGAGUGCAAAGGAGCGGCUGAAGAUUGCUCCCGAGAGUUCAGUUCAGCAGCAGCUAGAACUGCCCGAAAUGGCACCGCUGCCAACUGCUUCUCGGGUGCAGAGAACCAGUCUAGACAACUCCUCAUUAGGAUCCAACUCCCUGGAGGAAAAUGGUCUGAGUCCGACCAGUAAAGUUGCUAAUGACGGUCAAAGGCAGAGAGAGCUGUCGGGGAGUUCCGGCCACUCCGAGAGCCCGAGUCCGGAGAGCAUCAGCGCAAUGUCCCGUCGCCGCAGUAACCUGGGGUCCAUGGCGUAUUCCACAUCUACCAUCCACCUUCCCACCUCAAACCUCAACCCUACCUACAGCAACAAGCGGCAAGCCCGAACCAAAGGUUUUAACUCCGAUGAUGAUCUCCGGACACAGCCCCAUGAAGUGGAAUCAACCAACAAUGGGAAUGCAACUCUGGGUGUUGCUGAUCACGUGGACAACAGAUUGGAAAGCCUUCAGAGCGACGACCUUUUGCCUAGUCAAGACGUCAGAGCUGGCCCCAGAGAAAACCAGCCCCUUCAUUCCAGUUCGGUGCUGCUUGCCAGCAGUAAAUCAGACCCCAUGUUAUCGCGGAGGCACCCGGUAUCCUACAGCACCCUGCAAAGGGCGAAGGAUAGCUGUCCCUCUAGUCGGACCAGGGCCGCCUCACCUGGCAGUGAGAUGGUGACGUUGGAGCAAUUUCUACAGGAGACCGGGCAGCUGGGGCCAAACAAUGUCAGCGUACGAGAUGAUUUACUGAGUGAUUACUUUAAGAAGAGGAGUGAGCCGUCUGUAAUCAGCGCCCAUCCCAACAGGAAGGAAGCUGCCAAGAUGUCCACCAGCUACGUGUUGCCUGUUCCAAAGAAACCUUCUGACCCUCGCGCAUCAGUGGCUCAACCACAGCCCGGCUCUUCGGCCCAGCCGGAGGCUCCCGGUCACACUGGCGUUCCCAGGCCAAGAGAGAAGGCGCCGCAAGCCGGGAACCCACCCCCGGGAAAUGCCAGGAGCUGCUCGCUGACCCGGGCGCACAGCCUGGCAUCGGCCGACGGGCUGAGAGCAGGCUGCCUGGACCGGCGGGAGGCUCAACACAGGCAGGUGGCCGAAGCUGCCCCGCUGAGCAGCACCAGUGGUUGGAGAUCCACCAGCGACUGCAGGAGCGGGGGGACACCGCACGACAGGCCGCAGUCUGCCAGGCCACUGGGCUCUCAGCCGGCGGUCAGCAUCAGCUGCCGUACCCUAGACCCCCGGCGCCUCUCCCUGGCUCCCCCGAAGGACGAGAAAUGCCUCACGCUCCCUCAGCAGUCCACCGGCGCCGUCCGAAAUGGCGGCAUUUCGCCCGGGAGCCCGUCUCCCACCGCGGCAGUGCGUGCGGGUGACGUGGCGCUGGUCUCUCCCGUGCGGGCCACCUGUCAUCCAAGCAGUGAGCCAAGAGGCCGGGGUCAGAGGUCGUGUGAGGAUUUGGAGGCCGCCCCCCGACAGAGCAGGGCUCACGAGUACAUCGACCCCAUGACCGGAGCAGAUGAUGCGAGUAAAAGGGGCGGAGGGGGAGCUAAGGGUUCACCAGGGUCUCCCGACACCGGUGACGAUCAACAGACCGUGUGGUACGAGUAUGGCUGUGUGUGAAAACCUUUUGCUACCUGAUUACGUGCCACUUUUAUAUCGGCUUUGACACAACAGAGUCCUUUGCCAUUUCUGAUGUUUUCAAGAACAGACGAGACAAUGUUUAUCGCAACACCACACACAACAAAGACAGGAGGUACUCAGGUUCAAAUCGGAAUGACUUCGAUAAAGUAUCCACAUUUUGAGAAUGUGUUGAAACAGACCUGUUUUUGGGGAACACAUUGACCCUCCUUGAUUGUAGAUUUCAUUCCGUUAUCUGCUGUUUAGUUGAGCCAGUGGCUUGUUCUGACUCGUUUGAGUUCUUCUUACUGCUUCAGUAGGCAAGGAAAGAGUUUUUUUUUGUACAAAGCAUUAACAUAUUUAAUAUCUGAAGAGUUUACUUUCCAGAUCAGCAGCUUUUCAUAAGCUCUGAGUGCCUUCCUGCACAAAUCACAGACUCUCCCAUCACAGCAGGAGGCUAUUCGGCCCUUUAGUAUUGUGCCAACCCUUUGGAAAAGCUCUUCUGCUCAAAUCCCUGCACAUGAUAUGCUUUCCCUUUGAAAGUUACAAUGGGAGUUUAUUUUCAGACAGGCUAUUCCACCACAUCAGGUAGAUCUCCCUGACACCCCGUUCCUGGUUCUUCAGACAAUUCCCUAAAACCUGUGUCUUCUAGUAACUGACAUUCCUGUCCAUUGGAGACAAUUUCUCCUCAUUUCCCUGAUCAGAAACCUUUCUACGCCUUUCAAAAAUAAGUUUACAAUCGAACGCCGUCUGAGCCCUGGACUGAACGUGGAUACACAUCGAGAGAGAGGCGUGGGAGCACUGUCUGAGCUGGUGCAGCGGACACAGCAUAGCCAGUGGGAAGGAAACCCCAGAGGUUAAAACAAGGCAAUUACUCAACCCACCACAUGCUGCCCAUCAGCAGCUGAUAACUAACCACCUUCCAAGAUUGGGAAGCAGAAAAUGCCACUGGAAGUCAAUUACGUGUAACAGCUGAAUCACAGAGGGUGACCUCACUUUGUGCAGCAUUUCCAUAUUGCAAUAUUGCCACUUAGCUGCCUUGUACAUACUUAGGUCUGUGCUUCUGUCUCUGCAUACUGUAAAUAAGUGUAAAUGGCACCAAUAUCAGAUUCUUUAUUACAUUGUUUUUUUCUGAAAUCCUGCACAAUUUUGUUUUUGCUAAAUGAUGGUGUUUAAGCUGUACAGCUCAGAAGGACUGUUUUCUCUCUGUGCAAAGGAACUGCAGCCAGUGGUUUAAUCUCUUGCCUGUACCCAGAGUGUUCUGUCUCUCAUUGGUGACUAUCCUGAUCAUAUCUCAUAUUGUUCAGACUUUUUUAUUUUAAAUUUUGUAUUUUUGUUCUGGGAAAGGAAACUGUGUAGUUUUGUUUCCAAAUGAUUGUCCAGUUGAUUUUUUUAUUGUUAAUUUAAGUACAGACCAAAUUUGGGGUUAAAUAGGAACACUGGAAAAGCAGCAGAGAGAUUUCUUGUCUCCUUUUCAAAAAAAUACCCGACUUAUUCUGUUUGUUGAGAGAGGGUGAUGAAUGAACAAAAUAAAUGGCUGAAUAUCUUUGCUCUUUGUAAGAAUUUAAUCAAGCUCUCCAAGGAAUAGAAAAUGGCCGUUGUGUUGUACAUUUCCUUUUGUCGAUAAGGUUUUAAAGAUGGGUCUUGAUGUAAUUAGCUUUGUGAUUUAUUUGCUGGCCUUGGAGAUGCAGACUGAUGGAGUAUAAUGUUGAAAAUGUACUUUUUCAAACUAACAUUUAAUUCUUUGUAAUAAAUAUUGCAAAAUCA